CUGGGCAGGGUGGAAGUGAAGAGGAAGAUCUGCCGGAAGUAGACGGCAGAGGUGGUGGCGGAGCGGCCGGCAGCUGCCUGGGAAACGGGGGCCCGGGACGCUUGGCUCGCAGACAGGCAGGCCAGGCAGUCGUUUCUGUGCCGGGCACCCGGGAGGCCCGAGGGCCCCUGGUCCGGCAGCUUUCUCUGCCUUCCUCAGCCCGCCAGGGGGCGCAGCGCUGAGGGGCUGCAGAGUGGGGGGCGGGCGCGGCUGACCCGAGGAGGGGCGCGGGGCAGUGGAGAGAGUCCUGCCCCGCUCAGGAAGUGCCCCUGGGCGGGGGACGGGGAGUCCUCACCUCCGGACCGAGGCAGAGGUUUCUGGGGGUGAAGAGGGCGCAUAGCCCUCUGCCCCCGCCGGCACCCUGGCCAUGACGGGCAAGUCAGUGAAGGACGUGGAUCGGUACCAGGCGGUCCUGGCCAACCUGCUGCUGGAGGAGGAUAACAAGUUUUGUGCGGACUGCCAGUCUAAAGGGCCACGAUGGGCCUCCUGGAACAUUGGUGUGUUCAUCUGCAUUCGAUGUGCUGGAAUCCACAGGAAUUUGGGGGUGCACAUAUCCAGGGUAAAAUCAGUUAACCUUGACCAGUGGACUCAAGAACAGAUUCAGUGUAUGCAAGAGAUGGGGAAUGGAAAGGCAAACCGACUUUAUGAAGCCUACCUUCCUGAGACCUUUCGGCGACCUCAAAUAGACCCAGCUGUCGAGGGAUUUAUUCGAGAUAAAUAUGAGAAGAAGAAAUACAUGGACCGAAGUCUAGACAUCAGUGCCCUUAAGAAAGAAAAAGAUGACAAGUGGAAAAGAGGGAAUGAGCCAGCUUCAGAGAAAAAAAUGGAACCUAUUGUUUUUGAGAAAGUGAAAAUGCCACAGAAAAAAGAAGAUCCACAGCUACCUCGGAAAAGCUCCCCGAAAUCCACAGCACCUGUCAUGGAUUUGUUAGGCCUUGAUGCUCCUGUGGCCUGCUCCAUUACAAGCAGUAAGACCAGCAAUGCCCUAGAGAAGGACUUAGAUCUUUUGGCCUCUGUUCCAUCCCCCUCUUCUUCCGCUUCCAGAAAGGUGGUAGGUUCCAUGCCAACUGCAGGGAGUGCCGGCUCUGUUCCUGAAAACCUGAACCUGUUUCCCGAGCCAGGGAGCAAAUCAGAAGAAACAGGCAAGAAACAGCUCUCUAAAGACUCCAUCCUUUCACUGUACGGAUCCCAGACGCCUCAGAUGCCUGCCCAAGAUGACCCAGCAGAUGGCUGGGAUGAACUUAUGUGGAGCCAAUGGCAUGCUGAGCUAUGGACCGUCGAUGAGCGGCGGAAAUGGACAGGCAGCAAGUCAGACUCUCAGCUCUCAGAUGUGGAAAUGAAUACAAAUCACCUAUAUGGCUGCCGCUCUCCUCCGCCCUCUCUCUCCCCCCUUUUCCUCUUUCUCCAACUCUUUCACCACUUCCCCUUUUCCUACCUCUCUCUGUUUGGUUUAGAAAUUGCUCAAUCUGUCAUUUGGGGUUUGGCAUUCUGCCCAGCCCAGCCACUUCCGAGACACGCAGACCUCUCUGUUGUUUUAUAUGUACAUGUCCCCUAGCCAUCCGACUUCCUCCCAGUCACCGCAGUCCUCUCCUGCACCAGCACCUUAGGAAUUCUUGGCAGAAGGCACUUACUGUGGAAGGUUAAACCUCCAGUCAGAUUCUCAGAAGGGUCUGUAGGCAAAGAGGGGAGGGUUUGGAGAUACUUCCAUGUGUGUUAAUAAACUAUUUCUACAUAUUUAAAUUAUUAGUUGAAGAGGGAGGGAUUAAGCUCCCAUGAUUUAUGGGAAUGAAGAAAGUACUAACAUCAAAUCAAAUACUUACUGGGUCUUAGAUCAGGUUGGCCCCUAACCUUGGGGAGAUACAAACCACA